AUGCCAGGAAUCGACAUUAACAUAACAUGUCACGAGCUGAACAUCGACCCAACAUUCAAACCCGUCAAACAGAAAAGACGGAAGCUGGGACCCGAACGUGCUACCGCAGUAAACGAUGAGGUCGAAAAACUGCUUAAAGUUGGGUCGAUAACGGAAGUAAGAUACCCCGACUGGCUCGCCAACCCCGUAGUAGUCAAAAAGAAAAACGGGAAGUGGCGAGUUUGCGUAGAUUUUACCGACCUAAACAAGGCAUGUCCAAAGGAUAGCUUCCCUCUACCACAUAUCGAUCGAUUGGUAGAAGCAACGGCGGGCAACGAACUCCUAUCCUUCAUGGACGCUUUCUCAGGCUAUAAUCAAAUUAGGAUGAAUCCCGACGAUCGUGAGAAGACUGCGUUCAUUACCGAUCGCGGAACCUAUUGCUAUGAGGUAAUGCCCUUCGGCCUCAAAAACGCUGGAGCAACUUACCAACGACUCGUGAACCGAAUGUUCUCCAAACAACUCGGAAAAACGAUGGAAGUUUAUAUCGACGACAUGCUUGUCAAAUCCCUCAAAGCAAGGGAUCACGUGUCACAUCUCGAAGAAUGCUUCGCACAACUAAACUCCCAUAACAUGAAGCUCAACCCGACGAAAUGCAGAUUCGCCGUGGCAUCAGGAGAAUUCCUCGGCUACUUGGUCACCAACCGCGGUAUCGAAGCAAAUCCAAAACAGAUCAACGCUCUAAUCGAGAUGGCUUCGCCAAAGAAUAAACGGGAAGUCCAAAGACUGACCGGCAGAAUCGCAGCACUUAACCGAUUUAUCUCACGAUCAACAGAUAAGUGCCUGCCCUUCUACGACGUCCUGCGAGGAAAUAAAAAAUUCGAAUGGACGGAAGAGUGCGAAAACGCCUUCCAACAGCUGAAGCGUUAUUUAGCUACUCCUCCAGUCCUCGCAAAACCCGUGGAAGGAGAGCCUUUGUUCUUGUACAUCGCGGUAUCGGCAACAGCCGUAAGCGGAGUCCUGAUCAGGGAAGAACGCGGGGAGCAGAAACCUAUUUACAUAAGCAAAACCUUGCUGGAUGCCGAAUCUAGGUAUCCGUUGAUGGAAAAAUUGGCAUGCGCGGUCGUAACAUCGGCCCGAAAACUACGACCAUAUUUCCAAUCCCACACGAUUGUUAUCCUCACGACUUUUCCCUUACGGACAAUUUUGCAUAGCCCAAGUCAAUCAGGCCGAUUGGCGAAGUGGGCGGUCGAGUUGAGCGAGUAUGACAUCGAAUACCGACCAAGGACGAGCGCAAAAUCACAGGUGCUCGCGGACUUUUUGGUCGAACUUCCAACGGGAGCAAUAACCAACGAGGAACCAAAUUCCACCUGGCUCCUCCACGUCGACGGAUCUUCAUCCAAGCAAGGAUCGGGUAUCGGGAUCCGUCUCACAUCUCCAACAAGCGAGAUCCUGGAACAAUCGUUCAGACUGGAAUUCCAUGCCUCAAACAACGAGGCCGAAUACGAAGCAUUGAUCGCAGGUCUACGUUUGGCUCACGGCUUAAAAAUACGCAAUCUCCACGCUUACUGCGACUCCCAGUUAGUGGCCAGUCAAUUCAGCGGAGAAUAUGAAGCCAGAGACGAACGGAUGGACGCGUACCUCAAACUGGUCCAAGGUCUAGCUCAAGACUUCGACUGUUUCGCCCUUACCCGGAUCCCCCGUUCCGAGAAUGUCCAGGCGGACGCCCUCGCGGCCUUAGCAUCAAGUUCCGAUCCAGGACUCAAAAGGGUAAUUCCGGACUACAUUAUCGACGGGCAACUGCCCGCCGAAAAAUGGUCAGCUCGCAAGAUCCGAACACAGGCCGCACGCUACGUAACAGUGGACGGCGAAAUCUACAAGUGGAGAUUCUCCGGACCGCUCCUGACGUGCCUGGAAGGAGAAAAGGCGAGGAAAGUAAUGGAGGAAAUACAUUCCGGCUCAUGCGGCAACCAUUCCGGCGGAAGAUCACUAGCCGUGAAAAUCAAACGCCACGGGUACUAUUGGCCAACAAUGAUCGGAGAUUGAAAAUUCGCACGAAAAUGCGAAAAAUGCCAAAGGCAUGCGCCAACUAUCCGACAACCCGCCGAAGUUCUUUCCUCCAUCACGUCGCCUUAUCCCUUUAUGCGCUGGGCCAUGGAUAUUGUCGGACCUCUGCAUAAUUCAAAGCAAAAGCGUUUCCUUCUAGUCCUUACCGAUUUCUUCUCAAAAUGGGUAGAGGCGGACUCGUACGCGAGUAUAAAAGACGUCCAAGUCGAGAAUUUCGUAUAAAACAUCAUCUGUAGGCAUGGAGUUCCUUACGAAAUCGUAACCGAUAACGGGUCUCAAUUUAUUUCCACCCGAUUCGAGGCAUUCUGCGAAAAGUGGAAGAUACGACUCAACAAGUCAACUCCCAGAUAUCCGCAGUGCAACGGACAGGCUGAAACAAUCAACAAGACCAUUCUCGACGGACUGAAGAAACGCUUGGAGGCCAAAAAAGGUAGAUGGGCCGACGAACUCGAGGGAGUCCUCUGGUCUCACCGUACCACCCCAAGGCGAGCAACGGGAGAAACUCCCUUCGCCUUGGUAUACGGCGCGGAGUGCAUGAUUCCCGCGGAAGUAGAAUUUCCCGGUGUUCGAAGAAGGUUCUUACCCGAACGAGAGGAACUCAACAAUGCUAUGCUCUUGGACGAUCUCGACCUCAUUAACGAACGCCGGGAUCGAGCGCUCAUCCGAAUUCAAAACUACCAGCACGCCGCUGCGAGAUACUAUAACUCCAACGUACGGAACCGAAGGUUCAAUCAGGGAGAUCUGGUCCUUCGCAAAGUCUUCCAAAACACCGCUGAACGAAACGCGGGAAAACUCGGAGCAAACUGGGAAGGUCCCUAUAAAAUCGAAAAAGUCGUCCGACCAGGUUCUUACGAAAUAGCCAACAUGCAGGGCAUAAAAAUCCCUAGAACCUGGAAUGCGAUGCAUCUCAAAAAAGGUGAGGACAGAAACUGGUUCAGGAAAAAGGACAGAGUUUCAAGUAGAUCUCGAGGUUUGAUGGAGAGAGCUAAGUUUCCUUUCAAGAAGCGUUUUUCAUGGAAUGUGCAAAUCAGAUCUUCUAUGAGGUUCGUGGUUGGAUAUUACACGAAGGAGAAAGAAACAAGAGAAAUGUUUGCUAAUUCUCCGAAGGUUCUACAUUGCUUUGAAUGCAAAGGUUUUGGGCAUAUAGAUGCUGAAUGUGCAAAUCUGCAGAAGCGAAAGAAGAAGGCAGUCAUCAAGAGUGAUUCCAAAAGUGAAUCUGAUGAUGCGUCUAUGUCAGAGUCUUCAUGUGGAGGUGAUGAUGAUGCUGGAAGUGAUGAUGAUGAUGGUGGAAGCUUUGAUCUUGCUGGGUAUUAUGAAAAGUUGUAUGAGCACUGGCUCAAUCUUGUUCAGGCAAACUCAGAUUUGGCUAAGGAGAAAGCCAUGCUAGAAGCUCAAAUUGCUGAAGCACUUAAGUAUGCCUCAGAGAAAGAAGAAGAAGCACGACAGGCUGGUGCUCAACUUGCAGAGACUCAGAAGGGUUUGAGGAUGCUGAAUAAUGGUACGGAUCAGCUAGAUCAUCUUCUCAGUAUUGGGAAAAGUGAUAGAUGUGGCCUUGGAUAUCAAGGAGAAUGCUCUAAAGCUGGAGGUGUUUUUGUAUCUGCAGGAAAAACUAAGGAUGUAGGUACGUCUGAUACAAAGCCAGAGGUUAAGAGGUUUGCUAGGAAUGCAACAAAUGGAAAGACUGCAGUGAAGCAUGCAACUGAUGUGAAGAAUGUGACUGCUACACGUACUGCUGCUACGAGUACUGCUACGGCGACUGCUCUGACAACUGCUCCAGAGAGAGUUUCUGGAUUGAAGAGUGCAUCUCAACGAAAGUUUCGGCCGGUUUGUCAUCACUGUGGUGUUGUUGGACACAUUAGGCCAAGGUGUUUCAAGUUAUUGAGGGAGAAGAACCAGAUGGAGUAA